AUGGAAGAGCACUGCGAGCCUCCGUCCAUCGCUGCAGCGUCACUAGCUCCUCACUUCAGCUACACCAACAGCUCCGACCUCCUGCCAUGGCUUGCAAUUCUGGGCGACAAAGCAGACGACACUGAACAGGGCAUUCCUCGUGUCCAGGAAACCGAGCAGACGAUUUGGACCCAGAACACCGACCACCUAACUCUGGACGCGAAGACCAUAGACGACAUCACCACGAUGUCUGACAUUGUUAAAGACGUCGCCCCCGCAACCUUCUACAGCGAUUAUCUGUCUGCGACGUCUGGCACGACUUACGCUCCUCCCACCAGCAUGACAUACACGCCUGUGACGGUGCCCUCUCACACGGAUAUUCAAAGGAGUGUGCAGAAUACGUUGUUUGGCAACCCCGGACAGUCCUUCACGUUCUGUGCUGCAGAUUACGCCAACUUCAGGCAUCAUUUACCUCACUUUCAGUCAAGCGGACAAGUUGUGACUCACCAACCCCAGUCGUCCGAACAUCCCCGGGAUCAAGAAGUGAUAGAACCAGAGCAACAGCCCCAGACCCCCGAGGCCCAAUCGCAGCCAAGUCCUCCCCCCACAAUCAAACAACCAGCCACAAAUAAGACCGUUUCCCAGUCAGACACAGAUUCACCAUUCCAUCCAGCCCUGGAAUACGUUCCAGCUUACAUCUCACACAAGGCACCACAGCCCACUCGAGUUCCUCAGCCCAGUCACCUCAUCAGUCCCCUUCUGGCUCAACACCACCCCCAGCUGCCAGCAGGCCUCCGUAACUCCAACUAUCUGGUACAACCAAUCAUAGCCCGACCGUCAACACAGCGUGUGGCAGAACCGAAAGACAACAGAGAGACCCAACACUUCCAAGACAAGGUCUCCGAGUCAAGCCCGUCUCCGGCCGGCGAGGACAAUGUCAGCCAAACCAACCUCCAGAUGCAGCUGAACAAUCUGAUCAAUAGUACUCUAUCUGGGAUGCCACAUAAGACAGAACACGACGGACAGGUGCCCGACUUGGCCUCAGCUGACCACAGCUCAACCAUCGCCUACGGCCAAGCAGUCCCACAGCCUCCGAUUCACCAAACAGUUCAACAGACUCACUCCACACGUCUCCUGCUGCACGAGGGAGAGUCCACGGACUCGCACUCCGAGCCCAACACCCCUCAACCACCCAGCAGCCAGUCAUCUGAGUCCGACACCAGCGAUGACGACCGACAAUCUGUUUCCGAUAAUAUUCCAUCUGAUUCCAGUUCGGGACAUCAUCCCUACAGCUCCCUACCCAACCAAGACCCCCCUACAAAUCCAGUAAACUUCUGGGAACAGCAUGUCUCAUCUGCCAAGAUCGCCUCAAGUGGUUUGGCUCACCCUAAGCCAGUGCGACUCACCAACGGAUACCCGCCAAUGUUUCCACCCGGUUCCCUACCCUGGGUCAACAGUACACCCUACAGCCAGCCCUUCCAGCACCCAUUUAACUCAAGCCUUAUCUCAGGAUUUGCAUCAGAUCCCAAACCACAAAUGCCACAAGUCUCUACAGAAGAAAAGGUCCCGUCUGAAUCCAACGAUAAGCAGCCCCCACAAGAGGAGUCACCCGUCCCGACAGUAAAAGCAGAACCACAUCUCCAAAGCCAGGCUGAUGCUUUGAGUUACUUUCUGAGUGAGUUCCCGAAGUCCAUGGACAGUCAACCGAACCUCCAGCACCAGCACAUGGUUUCCAGGCUCCACGACCAAUCAAAACCACCAGAUGCCUUCACUGCGAGUCUACCGUCCAACGUUCCAGCUCAACCAACACCAGAGAAGCGGGAUCCCGUCAACCCAUCCAUCUUCUCCAACAACAUCUUCAUGUCGCCCAGUUUCUUCACCCAGCAGAUACCAGUAGGCAACACGCAGUUACCUCCCUUCUCAUCAUCCCCAGAUUCAAACCCGAGUCCAACAUGUACUGGGAAAGAUGACUCUGCUAUCGACGUCAACUCCAGUACUGACUCUCCAUCCUCAUCCAUUGAAUCCAGAAGUAGUCCCGAGCUCACCACAUCACAGCUACCCUGUAUGGAGGACUCUAACUCCAGUCUGAGUGACACCUCCUUGAUGAGAUCCAGGUGUUCAUCUACCAGCUCCAUCUGCGACACCUCCAUCUCCUCCACGGCAUCAUCCUCGUCGUCUACUGGCGCCCCCAGGAGCAAGAGGCCCAACCCCGACCCUGACAUGGGGUCCUACAAGAAGAAGUCUCGCACCAGCUACACCCCUGGUCAGCUUCGGGCGCUGGAGAGGGUCUACAUGGAGAACCCCUACCCUGAGUGUGACACCAUAGACAGACUGGCCAGAGAACUGGACAUCCCUGACCAGCGGCUGAGGGUGUGGUUCCAGAACAAACGUGCCCGGAUGAGACGCCAAGCUAAACAGAACAAGCAGUCAACCCCAUUACCGCAAGUGAAUCCGUACAGCGCCCAGCCUAUGUCAGCUCUCAUGUCGGCCGCAUCCCCGUACUCCUUCCUCCCACCGAACGCCAUGAUGGCCCCCGGACAGGCAACCCAGAUGAUGCCACGCCCAAUCUUCCCUUACCCCCAAGGUGCCCCUGGCUCUAUGAUGCACCCAGGGGGGUCUCUACCCGGUGCCCCAAACCAGCAUCCGACCUUCCCCCACCAACAACUAACCCCCCAACAGAGUCAGGUCCAGAGGCUGUAUUCAUUCAUAGCCCACAAGCAGCAGUAA